GGCUGCAGGACCACUGACCUUAUGUCUGGACAGCACUGAUUGGCUCUGUGCUGAUCACAUGCACCUUCCCAAAAGAAAAAAAAUCUAGCAAUACACACCAAACUGAGCAUGUGCAGCUUUUCCCCGAGGCUCUGUUCUAUCAGCAGAUGGCUUGGGGACAAUAGAAGAAGAGGAGGAUCAGAGAAGACAGGAUCAAAAAUCCUUUUUAUACAAUGCAGAGGAUUAACCCCUUAGGUUCCACAGUGUGUAUAACAAGCAUGCUUUACUGCAUAUAAAGACUGAUUUUACUGUUGUGGGUUUA